AUGAAUCUUGGCUGCGAGCAUCGACAUUGAUGCUUUUGCCAUUUUUCAGGUAUCGCACAUUACUAGUGCGAUCGUGACUAAUUGAGUCGACACCCGCGGACCUCGACUUGUUAGGUGUCAAUACACUAAUGGGUUCCUGUAACAAUCGUCCCUGAGUAAAUAUGCGUUGCUAGAUUGCAAAACUAAUGGGGUAUUGCAAGAAACUUGCGAUCAAUUGCAAAUAUAUCUGAACGGUCCCUAAAUCAGACAUUAUGUCUUGCAAUUUAUUUCAAAUUUGCAAUAAAUGAUCUGCUUCUUGUAACAAGGAGUUACACUGAAUUGCUAUAUUGUUCUAUCAAUUGUAAUAUUGCAACAGAAAUAUCAUUUCAAACAUUUUCUAGCAACAUUUAAGUUUUGCUAACUUUUCAUGUCACGUGUUCCCAGUCAAAAUACAAGUCAAACACAAUCAAAAGAAUUAAAACGAAAAAAAGAAAUAUAUAAUUUUGAGGAUAUAAAUAAAAAUUGAUAUUUGGAGAAGGCAGAGAAAGGGUCUCCCCCACAUUCUGCUCCUCCAUCCAUAUGAAUUAAGAUCAUGAAAAUGUCUGAAAUAGAGCACUUCGAGAGGAAAACAUCUAAACAUCUGUUCAGUGUUUAUUAAAGGACAAGUCUACCCCAACAAAAAGUUUAUCUUAAUAAAAGGAGGAAAAUCCUACUGGCAUAACAAUAACAAGUGGAAUGCCUCUGGCGGUCUCACCUGCAUCACGCGAUUCAAUAUAGCAACAGUGCUGACUUUGAAAACUACUAUAAAAUAAUUAUUCACAAAAAACACCAUUCAUAUAAUGAUACAAUACUACGUUCAUUGACAUUUGACCUUGAUCAUGUGACCUAAAACUUGUCAGUGAUACUUGAUUACCCCUAUAUCCACAUUUUAUACACUAUAUCUAUAAACUUUGAAAGUUAUGACAGCAAUCUAAUAAUUACGUCUAAAAUGGCCACCAGAGUUCAUUGACCUUACAUGACCUUUGACUUUGAUCAUGUGACCCGAAACUCGCACAGGAUGUUCAGUGAUACUUGAUUACUCUUAUGUCCAAGUUUCAUGAGUCAGAUCCAUAACCUUUCAAAGUUAUGAUGGUAAUUCAACAGAUACCCCCAUUAUGGCCAAAGUUCAUUGACUUUUGACCUUGGUCAUGUGACCUGAAAUGCGCACAGGAUGUUCAGUGAUACUUGAUUACUCUUAUGUCCAAGUUUUAUGAACUAGACCAAUAUACUUUCAAAGUUAUGAUGGUAAUUCAACAAAUAACCCGUUUGGCCAAAGUUCAUUGACCCUAAAUAACCUUUGACCUUAAUCAUGUGACCUGAAAUAUGCACAGGACGUUCAGUGAUACUUGAUUACUAUUAUGUCCAAGUUUCAUGAAUCAGAUCCAUAAACUUUCAGUUAUGAUGGUAAUUCAUCAGAUACCCCCAAUUUGGCCAAAGUUCAUUGACCCUAAAUGACCUUUCACCUUGGUCAUGUGACGUGAAACUCAUGCAGGAUGUUCAGUGAUACUUGAUUAAGCUUAUGUCCAAGUUUGAUGAACUAGGUCUAUAUAUUUUCUAAGUUAUGAUGACAUUUCACAAACUUAACCCUAGGUUAAGAUUUUGAUGUUGAUUCCCCCAACAUGGUCUAAGUUCAUUGACCCUAAAUGACCUUUGACCUUGGUCAUGUGACAUGAAACUCAGGCAGGAUGUUCAGUAAUACUUGAUUAACCUUAUAGCCAAGUUUCAUGAACUAGGUCCAUAUACUUUCUAAGUUAUGCUGUCAUUUCAAAAACUUAACCAUCGGUUAAGAUUUGGUGUUGACGCCGCCGCCGUCGAAAAAGCGGCGCCUAUAGUCUCAUUCUGCCAUGCAGGUGAGACAAAAAUUGCAUCAAAAUUGGAUGUAAAAUGAAAAAGUUAUGACGUUUCAAAGUGUCACUUAAUUUCACAAAAGAGUUAUAUAAUGAACAUCCUGGUCGGUAUGCAAAUGAGGGGACUGAUGACGUCAUCAACUAUUUCUUACGUAUCUUAUUAUAUGAAAUAUGAAAAAUUCUAAUUUGCUCCUCAUCGUGAUGUGAAACAAAAUUGUAUUCCCCCCUAUACAUGUGGAAUCAACAUUAUUUCAAAAGUUUAUGGUUACGUCAAGACAGUGUUUUAUAACUCAAACAAUAAAGAACAAAAGAAAUAGUGAGUGACAUCAUCUACUCUCUCGUUUGCAUAUCACUGCGUUGUGCAUAUACAUGUAACUGUUUUGUGAAAAAACAAGCAAAAUUUAGAAAUGUCAUAACUCUCUUAUUUUACAUCCGAUUUUGAUGAAAUUUUCAGUGUCAUGCUCGUUUGAUUUUUCUCUAUCGAUUAAAAUCCUCAAUUUUCUGGGGUGAACUUGACCUUUAAAAUUGUUUUCUAUACAUUUACACGCGCUACGGAAGUAAUAAAUCAUAAAAGCCCUACACAAGCUAGGAAAAAGAAACUGGAUAAAUCAUUGAAGAUAUCUUUAUGGCUCCAUGAAAGAAUCAAUUACCUUUUGGAAUUACACGAGCUGUAGUUUAGGGCCAUUACUUUUAUGAAGAACGGCGUUAAAAAUAGUACAAUAUUGAAAAUAUAAAGAUAUAAAUAAGGCCACGGAGUUUCAAUAUGGGUGUGUAUUGGGCUGGAAAGAUAAACGACCAUUCUUAAGGAACACGGAUGAAAAUGUUAUCAAUAACCGUACCGUCGCUACGAAGUAGAUGAUCAAAGAUCAACUUCGCGCUGUAUUUGCUAAAGCAAGAGCAUAAUAAUAAUUAAACAAGAAGAUGUCUGCUUGAACAGGCUAGGAGAUAAUAUAUAGUAUGUACAGAUGGAACCCGAAACGAAGCAGUGAUGAAGACAAGCAUGCUCUCAAUAUUGUGCUUUCUGGUUUCGAAUGCAUUCAAAAGGUGUUAAGAAAGAAGAUUGAUGUCACCGUCAAGAAUGUGGAUAUAUUAUGAUAUUUUGAACGCAUGCUUUCAUAGAAAAUGACGUGACUUUGCCGUAACUAAUUAUUCCGAUACAGCUUGGUCGUGUUGGUACUUCUAAGACACACUUCGCUUGUCCUCUACUAUCUUUGCAACUAUUUUUCAUCGAAAAAUCUUCUGUAUUGCUGUAUGACAAUUUUUAACAAAUUCGUGGAAAUGAUAUAGUUGACUUCCUUAUAAAAUGAAUUACACGGAUGAUCCUUCUUACACUAUGGCGGGUGCAGAGAUUGUGGAAGUCAUUCUCCUAGGAUUAGUCUGCGUCAUAGGUACGAUUGGAAAUCUUCUCGUAGUUGUUGCCGUAAUUACAACCCCAUCCCUUCAGGUCAGGCAGAAUGUCUUCAUUCUUGUUCUCGCAAUUACAGACCUUAUCAAUGCGGGAAUCUCAACGCCGUUUUUCAUGAUUUGCCUUGUUCAUGGUGGAUGGCCCUUCAAACAGGAAGCUUGUAUCUUUAUUGGAUACGUGACGAUACUGUGCCUGACCACGUCAGGCUUGACGGUUAACUGCAUCGCAGUCUGCCGUUACGUUACAGUGGCAUACACCAACCCAGUACGUCGGAAGGUCAUUCAUGGAAGGGUAGUCAUUGCAGCUUCGGCGGCACUGAUUUUCAUCGUUAUAAGUGCAGUGCUGCUACCUGUCUUCGGAUUUGGUAACGUGGGCUUUAACGAAAAGCUUGGACAUUGUUCGUUGAAAUACGAAAAUCAGUUCGAAUGGUACUACGGCGCCAUGAUGUUCGUGAUAGGCCUUAUCUGCACGGUCACGAUAGUUCCAGUCAGCUACACCCUUAUUUUCUGGAUCGUUCGAAAAAGCAAAAUUGCAAUUGAAAACAUGACACUGGCCAGUCGAACUGACCCAUGCAACGACAUAUCCGAGAAGCCGAAGGCUGAUUCCCCGAAGAUCAGCAAUCCACGUAGAAACAUGAGUCGCGACGAGUUAAGACUUUCGAAGAAACUUUUGAUGCUUUAUGGACUAUUUUUGUUCUGUUGGGUACCCUAUACUUCGGUUAUCCUUGCCGACAAAAAUGGGACCGUCCCAAAAGAAGCGCAACGCGCAACAAACUUUCUCCUUUGGAUGAAUGCUUGUUUAAACCCCUUCCUUUACGCCUGGAUGAUACAAAACUAUCGACAAGCAUACAAAAGAAUCCUAAGCAGAUUGUUCUGUCAAAAAGGGUUUUGGUGAUUCGAACUGAGAAUACUGAUAACUCGCCAAAAUUUUC